AUGAUCAUGAAAUCUUUACAACAAAACUUCAGAGGCCAUUCUCUCUGGCUUAAAGUCGGGUUUCUUGUACUUGUAGUCUCAGCCCAUGCGUCAUUGCUGCAACGCAGAAUGGACGUACCAGCUGAGCCUGGAUACCAGUGUAACAAUAAAAUAAUACUUUUAAGUACAGUCGAAGCGGCUUUACGAGCCGCUUGUAGAAGGUUUUUGAAAGUAAGAGAUGAUACUAGGAGACCUACUGUUUUUAUUGAAGCCACAGAAGAUGAGAAUUUGAUCUAUGAAUGGGCUCUUCCCGUACUUCUACCAAAUUAUCCCGAUGAUAGAGGAAAGAAAUCAAUAGGAAAAAUCAUCUUCAAUAAUAGAUGUGAUCUCAUAGAUGUGCUGUGUUACGAACGUAAAUCGAAACAAUUUAAAAUUAGCCCAAGAGUGCCCGAGGUCUCAACAUACACAACCUGGGGAGUGAACCAAGUCCCCACAAAGCCUUUCGUCCAAUGUGGAUCAUUGUCAUGGGAAAUAGAAGAGAUUCAACAAUCGGCAAUUGAAGAAUUAUCGCGUUCCACGCUUGAGUUUUCUGAGAUAGAGUCCUCAUCAAGCAGAGUUGAUGGUCCAUGGAAGAGAGCCUUUUUGACUAAAAAAACUAGUGAAUACUUUGGAUCGUUUAAUGUGCGCUACGAAAUUGUAGUAAACAAUCAGAGAGAAGCUCGCGGAAUAGUUAUCAGGCACCACAUAAGCCGGAAAAUAGCCACAGACAAAAAUCCUGACAAAGAAGGCGCUGAUCUUCCUAAACUUAGAAUAACCCCGGAAAAACAAAUAAUUAGAAUCGUGUGCUUUUUUCAACAGACGUUCCCGCUUAUUCCCCCAAAGUUUUCAAAAUCUCUUAAGCGCAAGGCUCCAUCAUAG